AUGAACAAUGAUGUGUGUACAGAAAUUCUCUUGCAUCUGCCGGUGGAGUCUCUCUUGAGAUUCAGAGCUGUCUGCAAAUUCUGGUGCUACGUCAUCGAUUCUCCAUCUUUUCGAGAACUGCACAUUAACAACAACAACAACAACAACGUAUCAGAUGACAUGGCACGUUUAGAGUUAUAUUUUAACAAUGGUCAACUUCGAGUGCUACACAACACGAAGCCGUUAUUGACUUAUAAAUCGGACCAAUUGAUGGGCUACGAGUUUAGUUCCUACCUUGAUCAUCAAGGUCUAGUUAGGUUAUAUGGGCCGGUCAUGGGCCUAGCCUGCAUCUACGACACGCAACUGCGUAAGCCCAUAGCCAUAUGCAACCCUUGUCUACACCAACUCAAGCUUCUCCCACCGAUUACAACCUCUUCCUAUUCCAAACCCUACCGGCCGUGCAAAAUAAGCCAGCGUGAGGUUGCAAUUGGUUUCGACGAAGAUUACAAAGUGGCACAGCUCCUUUUGUGCAGUGGACACUUCUGUCUUCAUGGCCUAAUGUACUCAAGAAAGACGGAUUCUUGGAAGGACUUGGCCGGCGUCAAUGGUAAUCUAAAAAUUCUCUCUAUUAGUCCCAUGAAACAGGUGUGUGAAAAUGGCCGCUUCGCGCACUGGUAUGUGGUCUCGGCUACUGGAUAUUCGCGUGCUGAGGCAUACAUACUAAGCUUGGACAUGAAGAAUGAAGUGUUUCAGACAAUCAGGUUGUUCCAAGGACAUUGGAAUAGUACUGACAUUGUUGUUACUUACGUUGCCGAAGAUGAGCACUCGUUUUGGCGCCUUGAUUUACCUCGUGAUCCAUCUCGUAAUCGGGUGACGAUAUAUCGUUCAUCUUCCGGUGAGUCGAGAUACAGAGGAAGGAUUAUAUCUUGGGCUCCUUUGAUGAAUGUGCAAUUUCCUUUCUCUGGGGAGUUAGGGUUAUGGAGGAGGACUAGUUGUGUUUUAUUUAAGUACUGGAACUACAUGUUUGUGUUUGAUUAUCGUGCUUGCAAGUAUAGUUAUUGGCCAUGUUGUAAUCACUUCCCAGUUUUAUUUAAGCAUAGAUGUAGUUUUGUUUCACUAGAAAACGUGUCUUAG